AGAAUUAUUUAUAUUAUUAAACAUUAUUUUAAUGUUUCUCGCAUUUACUCUCAAGGAUUCGGUUAAUGUCAGAAAUUAAUCUAUGAUAUUGAUUCAGUUCGUAUAUAUAAAGAGUUGAAGAUGAAGAAAUCAAACAUCGUGACGAUCUUUCAUUCGCACGAAGACACAGUCGCUAAUAGCUCGGUAGCCUCCUUGGUAGCCCGUUUUCUAUUCUAAUUCCGAUGCUAUUCUGGUACCGUUGGAGGCAGCCAAUGAGCAACGCGUCCUCCCGGCUACCAUACGUGCAAAUACAUCCCUCACGGGCUCUUCGUUCUUCUCUUCUCGUCUCGUCCGGCGUCUCCACCAUCACCCCCUUCCCCGUACCGAUCGCAGUCGCUCUCGAGGCAUCGUGUGCGAUGCAUUAAUUCUGUAUUCGUUAUCGCCAUCCCUUCAUCCUUUAUCAGUGGUGAACGCCUCUGAACCGAUCUCUCGGCCUACGUCGCCAAGCGCCGAACGUCCGGGUCAAAUCGAUCGGUCGGAACGUCCUCGAGAAGCGGUUUCACUCGUCGAUCAACCACGGCAAUCCUAAAGGGAAGAUAGCAUCGGGUGGAGGAAGAGUGCGAUGCAGUGGCGUCGGCAGAAGAAGGUCACUCACGUGAUCGGGUCCUCGAAUCAUGUAUUGCUCUUAGCGAGGUACCAAGAUGCUCCACCUGGUGAGGAGGAUGAGGAGGAGGGUUUGCGAAAGGACUACGUGAAGAGCCAGGAGAAAGAAACGAACGCGCACACACACUUCGAUCGGAAUGGACAGCAGAGCGGCUACAAGCCGCGUCGAGCUGGUACCAGUACCAGUGGCGGAAGUACAAGCGGCUACGCCAGCAGCGGCUCAAGAUCGCACAGGGAUGAGAGCGCCGGCUCGCCGUCGCAACCCAAAAUCAUCUUUAACGAAGAGGAGUACACGAGAAUUACGACGCCGCGGCAGGAUGUCCUCUUUAAAAAGGGCUACCUAUCGCGCAAGAAACCCUGGACUGGAAACGCGAGUACCAGUGCUACGCCGUCGACUACGGAGAGUCAGUCGGCGUCACAUUCCACCGCAGAUGGCAGUGAAACUACAGAGGACCAGCAACUAUUGGAUAGGGACAGUGGAACGGGAGAAUAUCCGCCCGUAGCAGAGCCAGGAGCACAACUAGGAUACGGAACAUUUUACGAUCAUACGAGCGGCUACUAUUACGAAUAUCCUGUGAUGUUGGUCGGACCUGCACCAGUACCUGCUCAAGUUGGACCAAGUGUUCUAGCGACUGUACCCUGCGGCCCGGUCCCUCUAAGACCAAUCGAAUGGAUUAAUCCUGCCUUCGUGCCUAAACUUGCCAAUCAGCCAUAUUGUUUAAUGGACUAUCAGACUAAUCAAAGUGCAGAACCGGUCACGAUAGUGGAGGAACAGAACGGCACGAUAGUGGCAGCGGAAGCUUCCAACAAUGUGUGGAAUGAGAGCGGUACUGGUAGUGCUAGCUGCAGCGGUAGCGUAGCCGAGGAAAUCGAGGAGCAAGCUGAAGAAGCGGACAACGUGACUAUGGAUCAGCACGUUGUAAAGGAGCAGCUCACAGAAGAACAACUACCGGAACAAUUGCAUCUCGAGGAACAACAUUUGGAGAACGGCAUAACGACGGUGGAUCCCUAUCUGGAUCCGCUAAUGAUGCAAGAACCAGUACACAUGUCGCAUAUGAUGCCGGCCGUACCACAGCCGUACAUGUAUCCUGGACACUACAUGUUUGGGCCUCCCUUAGUCAACGUUAAUGGUGUUACCAUCCAGAGCGGGCCAUUAGUGAGAACCAUGGACGUAACAACUAUGAUGGCGUGCGCCAAGCGAAGAAAGAAGAGAAAGAAAAGAAAACAGAGAAGACCUACUUUGGGUAAUACCGAAGAUGAGGAAGAGGGGGAAUACAGUUCCGAAUGUGAUAAUGAUGUAUCGUCUUCCCGACUACCUUGGUCAGAAUGUUCGACCUCGACCGUGACUACAACGACGACGACGACAACCGCGAAUCGGCCGCUCAAUCCUGAGUGCCAGGAAUUUCAGUUGCGGCCGGCUCUGCAAUCGCGAAUCCUUACCGGUCCUGUUUCGUCUGUCGUCACCACUGUGGCAGAAGAGGUCACGUUGUCCGUCAAUGAUGCACCGGAUGUGUCAUCUUACACCGAGAUGGAACCUGUCAAUUGCGAGACCGAGAUGUGCGAUUCGUCAACUAUUCAAACUUUAACGAACCAGGAAAUGACGACAAUCCACAACUCGGAGCAAGUCAUUAGGGAGACGUCUUUGGAGAAAAUUCAGCCGGCGGCAGUUGGACAUGUGCCGAGAAACAGAAACGCAGAAAGUCAAGUGAAUCACUCAGUCGCGAAUGCGGAAGCAAUAGUAACGAACGAGAUUAUGGAAAUAAGAAGCAAUGUUCCGAUUGAUCGCGAAGCGUUCUCCAAGACUGAUACUACUUUGGAGAAUGACAGCAAUUCGACCAGUGCCAAUGCGAAGCAUGAGCUAUUCGAAAAUAAUAGUGAUGCUAUUAAUACGGAAGAUAUAUCGAGUAAUUGCGUCAACUGCCCUAAAGAAAAUUUAACUAACGGUGAUACGAAUUAUGAUCAUCUUGCCGACAUAACGGAGAGAACAUCAAAAUCGAGAUCGGUGAGUCCUCAAGGUGAUUCCAAUUUAACAACAACGAACGUCAACGAAAAAGAGGAAGUUCAACAUUUACGAUACUGUAACAAUUCGUCCGUUACACGAGCGUCACUUGGAUUGUCCAAGAAGUACAACAAGAAAGGUCCGAAAUUUGUGAGAGAAUCUACGCCUGGACCAGAUUUGGAUGAUUCCACGCAGUUGGAUACGGAGAACAGGACAACGCUGGUACAACAAUUCGAAGCAGUCGAACUGUCGGAUACGGAUUGCAAAUGUAAUAUGAACGAUAAGCUGGGCGAGACAGAACUGAAAAUGGCGAACGAGGAAGACGCGUUGGAGAUACAUAACGAGGGCACUAUUAAAACGACGAAUGGGGACGCGAUUGAAGGCUCGAACGAGGAUUCCGGGUUUGAGAGCCAAACUAGACUGCCGAAGAAGUAUCCUAUUACAGCUGCGGUGAAGGAGUGGCUGCGCAGAGCGAACUCGCCCGAUAUUUUCGUCACGUCAGCAUCGACCUCUGAGAGCGAGACGGACGAGGAUGACGAUGAAGAAAUUGAUGCAAAGCCGCCAAAAAACUUGCAAGGCAACCCCAUGCCUGCACUAUCUGCUAAUAGCGGCGCUGACAACGUUACAUUGUUGUCGCGCACGGCUAGCUGCGGCGAAUUCGCAAAAACCAACAACAAUAACAAUAACAACAACAAUAACAACAACGCAAGGAAUGAUCAGAUAGAGGCUGAUUCGACAUCGAUCGGCAGAAGAAAGAAAGAUGCAAAAGUUGUAAAGAGAAAAACGAAGGCAAAGAGAAACGAUAAACGUAAUAAAAACGUCGAUGAGAAGACACAGAGUCAACUGGUUUUCUCGUUGGUUUCGUUGGACUUUGUCACUGCCGUGAGAUCGAGAGACAAGCCGAAGAAUAAUAAUGUUGGUGACGUUUGCGAAUUUACUCAGGAGGAUAGCGUUGCGGGUAUGAGGGUUGCUUUAAGUUCUCGGAUAAACUCGAAAAGAGUUAACGCAAGACGAUUGAAGACAUUGAGAAAAAUCAGUAAAAAUCCUGUUGAGAAUAUCGACAUCAAGAUGCGACGUAUAGACAAUUUAAAUGACGAGGAGAGCAAGGAAACGAGCGAAAGCAGUAUGGUGAGCGUACGGACGUUCGAGAAAGGGGAGAUUAUCAUUUCGGAAGACGGCAGAUUGUUACCGACGUCUUCGUACGAACCUGUUCCGUUUAACGAUCGUGAUCUCAUUGCUGCUCACGCAGACGUGAUUAAUGAUAACGUAAAGACGUGCGAGAGGAGAAACAGUAGCGAAAAUGACGAGAAUGACAGUGUGAUGAUAGCGUCCUCGGUCAGCAUAGAGGAGCCCGAUGUGUUGGAGUGCUGGGAGGCAGAGACUGUGGAGCCUGUGAUAACUCCGAGGAGGAUGCUACAAAGUCCGGGGGUCCUGUGCGAAGGCGAGGCGGCAGAGGACGACAACACCGAGAUCGAAAAAGCCACCGUAGAACACGUGCGUAGGUAUUACAGACUGGGGGCACGAGACACCGUCAACACGGAGGAGGAGUCGAGCGAUUUCAGCACGUCGAUAAUCUCGUCAAAAUCGAGAACAGUGCCAAAUGAUCCGGAAAACAAAAUAAUCGGGUAUUUACGCGACCAGGAGAUCCCGAUUUUCAUACCGGAUAAAAAUCAAGGUGUCACCCUGACUGGAGACGAGAAGAUACCCAUCGACGAAGCAUUCGAGGUGUAUGAGAGUUAUUACGACGGAAAAUCGCCGUUCAUAUCGUUCGACUCAAAGAUGUUUAAGCAACGGCCGUUAUAUGGUCAAAACGGUGAGGGUCCUAUACCAUGCAGAGCGGGGUGCUGUAACAUACAAUAAUAUCGAAAAAAAUGUAUCCUAUUGUAAAUUUUUUUUUUAACGAAAAAAUAUAUUAUUAUAACACAACUUAUAUUAUUAUAAUAAUAUAUUGUUACGUAAUCGCGUCAGGGCCGUUCUUUUUAAAGCAAGCCAGGAUGUUACGCUUUUUUCGGGUAUAUCGCGUACAUGUACGCGUAAUGUGCACCACCUCCUCUCAUAAUAUAAAACUAAAUGUCCCGUCCUUGUCGGACGAAGAUUUGACGAAUCGAUAUUCUUUUGAAAGUUUAGUGUGACACGCUCAAAGAGGACUAAAUGUUAUUUCAAAAGCAUCGUGGACUGCGAUCCACAUUUUUGUAAAUAGUUUUAAGAGUUCGUUCGUAAUUGUAUAGCUUUCUGUGGAAAAAAAUCUUUCAAAAUUUUAUGUGUGUGGGAGCAUGCAUUGUAGCAGUCACUCUACGAUAGCAUUUUACCAUUAUUGUCAUUGAAACAUUACCGUAUGUCAUUGUUCAUCAAUCAAAGACAGAGAUUUGUAAUGUUUCGACGUUCAGCUUUUAUCUGGACUGCGAGCUUAUCGACAGGCAAUACGUUGUUUUUCUCUGGAUAUAUAGCAGAAAAUAAGUGCGAAUUUUAUUUUGGAUGAGAUGAUGGAGGAUGAAGAGAGAGAGAGAAAAGUAUACGUAUAUGGAGAAGCAUGUUGAGGCACAGGGGAUGCCAGACUGUUGUUUUUAUUCUCGCUACGAUAUCUCGUAAUACACUCAGUCGAAAUGACAAGAGCGUUAUUUUUAGAAUCUAUAUAAAAGACACAAGAAUGUUAAAAGACUAGAAAUUAUUGUUGCACGUAAUCACGUUGGAUGGCCUUUGCUUAGAAAAGUUUUGACUGCCCUCAAGUUUUUGAUGCUCGGCAUUAAAUCGAAGUAUUCCGCAUGUUCAUCCGUGUGAGUCUCUUUCUCCAAUCGAGAAAGAGAGGAAUGUACCGAGGAGGGCCGACAGAGAGCAAAUCGUUCAAUAAUACAUGCUUUUAAAUAGCGAUACUUAAUAAUCGCGCAUAGUUGUAAUUUCGCGUUCUCGUAGGAGGUACUAGCUGAAAAAAAAUCAAGAAAACGGGCAGCGUUAAAACGGUGAGCUGUAGUUUUAGCCUGUUAUUGAGAAGUAUAACGAGAUGUAUAUAGAAAAAUCUUAACGACAGUUAGAUAACGAUCUGUACUGCAGUGAUCGACGGAUGCUUAGAGUAGAAGUUAUAGUCAAUUUUUCUCGCUAAUUUUUCUAAUGCUUUCUAAUUCAUUUAAUUUGUAGAAUUUGAAUCUAUAAGAAAGGAUCAUCCCUCAAGGUUAACUUCGAGAUUUAAAUUUCUGUAUUUCUAAAACUGAAGUUUUUUAUUUCAACUUCAAAUUUAGAUUCGAUGCCACGAAAUCCUGUACGUACACUCAAAAAAGAAAUGUUUAAUUAUAAAAUAUUGAAAUAUUUUAUUUGCGUUUCAGUUUUUUAAAUACUUAAAAAUGUUUUAGACAGUGUUUAGAGUUAAAAAGACUAAAACAUUUAAGAUUGUUAAAGAUUUCAGUUUUAAACAUUUUAGUGUUUUAAAUUUUAAACUUAAACAUUUUUAACUAUUUAAAAAAUCAGAGAUGGAAAUAAAACAUUUUAAUGUUUUACAAAUAAACCCUUUUUUACUGUAUAGUCGAAUAAUGCUGAUGAGGGAUGAUCUUAUUUCUAAACGUCCGUCGAGAAAUCAGGGAGAAGCAAAGCAAAGCGUUUUUUUUUUUUUUUUUCUUUUCCGAUAGAUGUGAUUUCGACCGGAAUUGGAUGAGCGCACCGCAAAGAUGUAUAUGUGUAUGCGCGCUUACGCAUAUACAUGAAACAAGCUGCACUUGUUACGACAUAGCCCACGCUUUAGUUGAUUUGUGUCCAGGAAUAGAUUGACAGAAGAGUACCUUAGGCUGCAUAAUCGCGCGUAGAUUGAUUUGAUAGAAUAUGGUUCGCGAGGUCAUGUGUCCCAUAUCACGACGCCCGUAACAUACCUCAGAGAGAUGUUUAAAUAUGGUCACUCGAGGCAUUAGCGAAACGCGAAACGAUAAUAAAUGCCGCUAAUAUAUUAAUAACGAAAAGAAAAGGAAAAGACCGAUGAAAUAUUCAAGAUGAUAGAAGACGGAAACGAGAGACACAAAAAGAUAGUGUUUAAUUUUAAGAUAUUAAAAUGUUUUAUUUGUGUCUGUUUUUUUAAAUGCUUAAACAUGUUUUAAAGGGUGCUUCGAUUUAAAACUAAAUCAUUUUUAAGUACUUAAAAAAUUGAGUCAAAAAUAAAACAUUUUAAUAUCUUUUAAAAUUAAACGCUUUUUUUCAGUGUAGGGAGGACGCGAAACCUAAUAAAUGUCAUAGCGGCGAUGUGUAGACACCAUUGUUCCUGCAAAGCUCUAGUUUUCUUAAGCAUGAAUAUGUAUAAAUCAUUUUCCGAGACGAUCAGGCGUAGCUCUAUGGACGUUCGUUUACACCAAAGUAAUAUUAAAGAAUAAGUACGAAUAUAUAUCGUUACAUUGAAAAAAAAUGCGCGUUGCAUCAAUUGUGUGCCUUAUUCUGUGGCGGCCGUUUUUGUAACUAUUUCAAAGCACUCUCCUUGAUAAUAGUCAGUAGCGAGAUAUCAAGGUGCGAUUAAGACUUGUUAAAAUUGAUGAGAGAAAGAGAGAAUGAGAGAGCGAAAGAGAGAGAGAGAGAGACAAGUGUGCGGGAGAAUUCGCCCGCGAUCCUUAUCAGUGCAUGCGUACCCGAAACGAGGACUCGUUUAGAUUCCUUUUCACGAAAAUUAUCGACCUCAUUCGUCGGACAUGUCCGAUGCAAUUGUGUAUGCUGAUUAUUCAUAAAGACAUUAAAGCGUUUGCAUCUUACACACACGAGUCAUGUUACUGUACAAUGAUAUAUUUUAGUUGAAGUUAACAUGUAUGGAAUAAGUGUACUUGAAUUUUGUUGUGUUUUUGCUUAUAAAAAUAUAAAUAAAACGUUUCAAUUUUUAAAGUCAACA